AUGUGGAAUGAAGAGCACUGCCUGGACAUAGCACCGGGACAGAAUAGUCGGGCAGAGAGUCUCCUUUAUGAUACUUAUGCUGAGGAAUUAUCUUUCCCAGCAAUAUAUCUCGGCUGUCCUCGCAUCAUUAAAACUGGGGUGGAUAGGUCUCGCGCAACGGCAUGCUCGAUGUGUAUGUCUGAGAUUAGGAGGAAAGAUCGACGCGGAGUAACUCCACAACAUGUGCUAUACAUGGCUAUGAAGAUAUUGCGGUUCCGAGUUCGGGAUGGUAUUCAAAACAUGUAUAGAUGUUUGCGAAGCACCGUGAACAUUACCAGGAGCAUGAUCGAGAAUCGCGAAUUCGUGGAACGUUUGAUCGACACCAAUCAAGCAUUCCUCAAAUCAAUCCCAAAUUCAGUGCAGUACUGGGCCUGUAGGAAAAAGGAUUUGUUCGCAAUGAUCCGUCAACUCGGGAAACCAACAGCUUUCAUGACUUUGAGUGCAAACGAAACGCAUUGGCCGCAUCUACUGCGCGUUUUGAACCGUCUAUCAGAUGAUUCCGAAUCACUUGGUGGCGAUCUUGGAGUAGAUGAGAUCCUCGGAAAGCUUGAUCGCUACGAACGGGCGCGGUUGGUUGCCGAGGAUCCUGUGGUUUGUUCGAUUUACUUCCACAAAUUGGUGCUUGUGAUAAUGUCCAUGCUAACCUCCAACAAGUCCCACAAUCCGUUCGGCAGAUACCGUGUUGUCGACUUCUUCUUGCGCAUAGAAUUCCAGCACCGAGGUAGCCCUCACGCGCACAUAAUACUUUGGCUAGACAAUGAUCCCGCCGAAGAAAUCGGCGAAGAUAUGCCUCGGACGGCGCAAGCUUUGACCGACUUAUGUAGCGUUGAUGAGAAAGAUCUGAGAUGCACUGAAAUGAUUCGCAACCAGACUCACUCGCACACUUUCACAUGCACGAAGAGGGGCGAGCAGCACUGUCGAUUCAAUAUCCCUUAUUGGCCAAUGGAUCGCACCAGAGUUCUCAUACCGCUCAAAAAAGAUGAUCAACGACGUAAACUGUUGAAACCAAAAGUAUCUGAUGCUCGGAAGAAGCUUGAAACGAAAGCCUACGAUUCAAUUGAAGCUUACUUGAAUGACAUUGACUGUGAUUAUGAAGCUUAUCUCAAUCUCAUCAGGUCUAAUUUGCAGCGGCCGUCAGUCAUCUUCAAAAGAAACAUGAAUCAAAUUUUCAUAAAUACAUUCCAUCCAUGGAUUGCUUCCGUCUUGAAUUCAAACAUGGACUUGCAAUUCAUCCUCGAUCCUUACAGCUCUGCGGCGUAUGUCGUCGACUAUGUCAAUAAAUCGAAUCGAGGUAUAAGCAACCUACAUCGGGAAAUGCUCAAAAUACAUGAAGACAAUCCCGAAUACGAUCAAGCUGCAUUGAUGAGUAAGGUCGGGUUGAAAGUUCUGAAUAGCGUAGAAAUGUCCUCACAGGAAGCAGCCUGGUAUCUCUUACGUCAACCUAUGAGCUGGGCAUCUCGUUCCACAGUUUCCAUUCCCACAAUGCCACAACAUGAAAGGUACAAGUCGCGUAAACGAAAAUCGGUCAUGGAUUCGGAAAAUCUAGCUGAGGACAGCACGAAUAUAUGGACUAAGAACAUUAUAGAGAAAUAUGAAGAGCGUCCCAAAGUAUUGGAGUCGAUCACUUUAGCCCAAUUCGUCGCCUGGUAUGAACCUAAGUCCCAACCGAGAUUCAACGAGGACCCGGACGCCGAGGAUUACGAUGAUCCCGAAGAUGGUCCGGACAGACAAACUGAGCGCGGAUACAGACGUCGAGAUAAAUGUAAAAUCAUACGCUAUAGAAAUUAUGAAAGAGAUGACCAACUGAAUUAUAAACGGGAGAUGGUCACCUUACACAUUCCGUUCCGUAACGAGCUCUUAGAAAUCAUCGAUCGAAACAAGUUCAUAGAAAUUUUCAAUUCCAACGAGUUGAUGAUCGUAGAGAGACGAAAGGAAUUCGAAGCUCAUUUAGACAUCGACUCAGUACUGCAAGAGAUUGAAGCUAUGUGUUCGAGCACAGAAGAAGUAGUUGAGGGUAUCGAGUCUGAAUCUGAUGACGCGGUCCCGACACUCAUAGACAAUCCCAAUGAUGAUGAUUUGCAAGCCCAUGCGAACCCAUCAAACAUAAGUGCGGUCAGAGCUCGGAGCAAUGUCAUGAGCAAGGAGGAAUACUGUGCAUUGAUACGUAAGUCGAACGCCGAACAACGUGAAUUAAUUUUGGAAGUCAUACAUCGAUUGCACCAAACUGACCGGGAGCCCAUCCAAAUAUUCCUCACAGGACCGGCGGGCUGCGGAAAAACAUUCACACUCAAAGCACUGAUGGAAACAUACAAUCGAUACUCACAACAGCAUAACACCCAGAACAAUGCCUAUAUCGCGACGGCGACUACAGGAAAAGCUGCGGUCAGUAUAAACGGAGUCACAGUUCACGCGGCGUUUCGUCUGACACUUUCUCGACAAACAACACAUCUCUCCCCAGAUUUGAUACAAACGUACCGCCAUUGCCUGAGAAACGUUAAAUGUGUGAUUAUUGAUGAAAUCAGUAUGUGUGGAUCUCAUACAUUUAAUUCCGUCAACUCUCGAUUGCAAGCCAUGACAGGCGAAUACGAUAAGAACUUUGGUGGCUUGGACUUGCUUGCGUGUGGCGACUUGAAACAAUUACCCCCAGUCAAUGCAUCCCCGGUCUAUUGCGCAACUCGAAACACACUCGGUGGUCAAGCGAUACUUUGGCAGUCCUUGGAUUACUUCCCCUUGGUGCAAGUUGUUCGUCAGAAAGAAAGUCAUUUCUCGACCUUACUAACCAAAAUAGGAAGCGGAGAAAACCUGACGAUGGAGGAGCAAAACGUGAUUCAAUCAAGAUUCCGAACUCAUCAAUGGUGCGAAGAGAAUCUUCCAAACGGCGUCAUACGUUUAUAUUACAACAAUGCCGACGUGGAAGCAUACAAUAUGAAAACUAUCCCGAUCACAGAAAACUCAGAGCAGUCCAUCGCCGCCGACACAUAUAGUGGUUACCGCACAGAAACUGAGAGGCGGGAUGCAAUAUCAAGAGUACAUAAACUGAAUUCCAAGGAUACGGGGAACCUGCCCUACACAAUCACCUUAACCGAAAGUUAUCCAUACAUGCUAACAGUGAAUGUAGAUGUUGAGGACGGACUAGUCAAUGGAGCUAUCGGGAAAUUACGUCGAAUUGAGCACUAUCCAAGCGGCCGAGAUGGGACGCAAUCUAUUCGAGUCUGGCUGGAAUUUGAAACAGAAUAUGUCGGUCGACACUUACGAAAGAAAUGCAGACCGCAUGUUCACUGUAAGCCCGGGUUCUUAGACGAGCGCUGGGUACCAAUAGAUUUGCGUUCAGUCAAUAUAAACAUAACCCCAAAAAUCAAAUGCAGGCGACUGCAACUACCACUAGCGCCAGCCUGUGCUCUCACAAUACAUAAAUCACAAGGUGGAACCUUUGAUCAGAUCGUUUACGAGUACAACAAACAACAUAGGCAGCAACUCGUCUAUGUCGCCCUGAGCAGAGUCACAAGCUUGGAAGGACUGUUCCUUACCAACGCUAAGGACGAAUUUAUCUUCCAUCAUGCGAAAUGCGCGAUUAAUCCAUCAGUCAAAGAAGUCCAGAAUGAGUACAACAGAUUAGCAUCACAUCACCUACCCACGAUCACGAGAUCAAUAAUUGAAUUCCUGAAACCGGCCGACAAUCGUAGAUCACUUCUGCUCAUAAAUAUCAAUGCUCAGAGCUUGGCAGCCCACGCGGAAGACAUUUCGACGGACGUCGUUCUUCAACGGGCCGACCUGAUUGUUGCCACUGAGACAUGGAAUCACCCAUCAUCGACAACAGUGAAAAUCGAUGGAUUCAAUCUCGAACAAGAAUCACGAUGUGAUAAUAGAGCUGGGGGCGUCGCGAUAUACAAACGAAAUGAUUCAAGAAUGAGCAUUGAACCACUGCUGUCUCAUCCGGGAAGUUCCAUGGGAUUGGAAGGACACGCUUCAUCAGAGCAUGUUAAAUUCCGUUGUAAUAUUGCUGGGAAUCUCCUAAAUAUCAGUCUAUCAUGGCUCUUAUCCGACGCGGUGUCGUCCGCUACGAAUACUCUCCCUCGGCGAUGCCGAAUCGCUCUCAUUCUCAAUAAAAGUCAGUUGUGA